GCGAGUCUGAAGAUGGGACGAACAUGCAGACGAACCGACUGCGUGGCGAAGCCUCUGUCGGGCCUUUUUGAAAGAUUUGGGUCCCUUGUGGGCUCCUGCCCUUUGUAUUUUUUGGUCAUUCCUCUCAUACUCUCAGUGGUGCUCGGCGGAGGCUUCACUUUCCUCAAAGACAGGGAGGACAAUGACUUUGAGCGUCAGUUUACGCCCAGGAAAGGACCCUCAAAGGCAACGAGGGCCUUUCUCAGGGAACACUUCCCCGACAAUGACUCCAUGUUUUCAGAGGACCGGCUGUACGACAAGGGGAGCUUCGCCUCCCUCAUCGCCGUAUCCACCAGUAGCUCGAACAUACUGGCAAAUCCUGCCUUUGAGGACAUCGUCAGACUCAACAACAGGAUCCUUAAUAUCACCGUGCUCAACGGGAGCGUGGGAUUCAGUGAGCUGUGUGCAAAAGCCAGAGGAGAAUGUGUCUCGAACGUCCUCCUGGAAGUGAUCGGCUCCAGUGAGACUGAUCAAAGCACCAUCACCUUCCCAGUACAAACGCACGGGUCCGGCUCGGUGUUCCUGGGCUCGGUGCUCGGCGGAGUUAUCGCAGAAGCCAACGGCUCAGUCACGAGCGCUCAGGCCGUAAAACUCUUGUACCACUUAGAUAACAAGGCAAACACAGCUGACGCCUCGAAAGCAUGGCUGGGAGCAUUUAAAAGACUGUUAUCAGAGGAGACUGAUGGCAAACACAUCGACGUGUCUUACUACACAUCCAAAUCCAAGCAGGAGGAGAUUGACAGUCACACCACAGAUGGCUUCCCUUUAUUCCUCAUCACUUAUGCCUGUGCUAUCACCUUCUCUGUGAUAUCCUGCCUGAGAUUGGACAAUGUGAGGAACAAGGUGUGGGUGGCCGUCUUCGGCGUCCUCUCCACGGGCCUGGCUGUUCUCUCCUCUUUUGGUUUGCUGCUUUACAUCGGAGUGCCGUUUGUUAUCACAGUCGCCAACUCUCCUUUCCUCAUACUUGGAAUCGGUCUCAACAACAUGUUCGUAAUGGUGUCCGACUGGCAGCACACCAACGUGAAAGACCCGGUGCCGAAGCGGAUGGCUCACUCUUACAAAGAAGCAGUCAUGUCCAUCACCAUCACGGCCCUGACCGACGUCUUCAAGUUCUCCGUAGGCGUCGCGUCCGAUUUCCCGUCGGUGCAGGCGUUCAGCCUGUACGCCAGCGUCUCCAUCGUGUUCUGCUUCAUCUACACCAUCACCUUGUUCGGUGCCUUCCUGGCUCUGAACGGGAGGCGAGAAGCCAGCAACAGGCAUUGGCUGACCUGCAAGAAAGUAUCAUCAGACCACAGUGAUGAUUAUUCUGCGGUGUAUAACAUCUGCUGUGUGGGAGGCGACUACGAUAAGAACACCGGAGCGGAGAAAAAAACACCGGCGAGUAAUUUCUUUAAGGAUUACUACGGCCCGUUUUUGAUAAAACCCUGUGUCAAGGCGGUUGUAAUCUUCCUUUACGUGGUAUAUUUAGCUGCAAGUAUUUAUGGAUGUUUGCACGUUCAACAGGGGAUUGAGCUCUAUGAUCUGGCAUCUGAUAACUCCCACGUUAUCAGAUUCAAUAGGAAGGAUAGGCAGUAUAUUUCCGAUUACGGCCCAUCUGUGAUGGUUAUUGUGAAUGAGGAGUUCCCAUAUUGGGAUAAAACCAAGAGACACCAACUUCAGGGAUGCAUCGAGGAUUUUAAAAAGCUCCAGUUUGUAGACGAGGACAUCUCUACAUCCUGGCUGGACUCUUAUUUGUCAUACGGACGGGAAACACAUUUAAACCUCGACGAUAAAGACGUUUUCCUCAAAAAUCUAUCUCGCUUUUUUGAUUCAUUUCCUUUUUUACAGCAAGACGUGAACCUCACCGGGGACGCCAUCCGCGCAUCCCGGUUCUUCAUUCAGACCGUCGACAUCGCCAACUCCAGCAUGGAAAUUCACAUGUUUACAGGUCUGAAAACCACCGCGGGAAGAUGCCGCGCGGCAUCUUUAUCAGUUUAUAACCAGAAAUUCAUCUUCUACGACCAGUACGACGUGGUGGUCAGCACCACGAUUAAGAACGUUUUCGUGAUCACAGCUGGGAUGCUGGUCGUCUCUCUCCUGCUGAUUCCAGACCUGCUCUGCGCGUUGUGGUUGACUUGUUCGAUCGGCUCGGUGACCGCCGGCGUCACCGGUUUCAUGGCGCUUUGGGACGUCACUCUCGAUUCCAUAUCCAUGAUCGUUUUCACCCUCUGCAUCGGCUUCACCGUGGAUUUCUCAGCUCACGUGUCUCACGCCUUCGCCUCCAGCGAGAGGACGAGUCCCAACGACAAGGCCGUGGACGCCCUCUCCAGUUUGGGCUACCCCAUACUUCAAGGGGCCGUGUCCACCAUUUUAGGGGUGUCGGUGUUGGCCACGUCUCAAUUUCACACAUUCAGAACAUUUUUUAAGAUCUUCUUUCUUGUCAUGUUUAUUGGGAUGCUUCACGGCCUCAUUUUCAUUCCAGUAUUUCUGACACAGUUGACAUGCGGAUCGGAUAAAAGUAAAGACGAAGGUAAAGACAAGAGUUGGCAGAUCAGCAAAUGACCACAGUUACAGCGUUGAUCGUAUGUGGGCAUGUUAAGAAGGUGCAUUUACAUGCAGAGCCCACAAUAUAAAAUCUAUUCCAAAACAUUUGCUUUGGAAGUCAUCAUCAACUAAAUAUAAAUAAUUUGUUUAAGCAAAAUGUUCCCUUUUUCAUGUAGUUUUUAAAGAAAAUACUGACCUAUUUGCACACUUUGUAUUUAAACAGCUGGUUUUGAUUGUCAACUUCUUGCAACAGCACACAGUCACUCUUAUAAAUGCAUUGAUUAUAAUUCAAUGCCUCUUAGGCAAGAUAUAUCAACGUGUGUAGUCAGUGGAGCACCUUGAUGUGCUGCUCAAACAGAAUAAAAAGGUUCCAUUUUGUUUCACAUCGGCUUUUCUUUCACUGGCAGCAGCGUGAACAAUCGAUCUUUGUCAGGUGUUUUUUGCAUCCUUCACGGUGGUGGAAUGAAACACUUCAACGACACAAUGAUGACAGACACGGCUAUUAUAAAUACGAUUAGCAAAGGAUUACACUUGGGUUACAAAAUAGAGGUGAAUUACACUUUUUGACAUUUAACAUCCACAAAUCUGAGUGUGUCAUUGCAACAUAUAGAGAAAUGCAGGGAUGACGUAUUAUUUAAAGCCAACAAGAAUGUAGCAUCUCACUGGUUCCCUGCACAAAAAGACAAAAUGGGAUUAUUUUUCAUUGGAUUUUGGAUUAUUGUAGAAAAUAAACGUGUAAACAAACUGCACCACCGUUGCAUGAAACGCAACGAGGCUGUGAAGGCGGACUAGUCGGCAUGAUGCCGUUUAGACACAUUGUUAGCCACCGUCUUUUUAAAGACACUCAAAGGCUUCAAAAUUCACAAGAAGGGUAUUUACUGACGUAUUUUAUAUCAUAGAACAAAACAAUCAAAACUCAUAACCUUGUGUCAACCUCAGACCUUAUUUCAGACAUACAACCAAAAAACACUUUGACUUUGAGAUGACGGGACCGGAAGUGCAAACCCACUCACUCAUUUCUGUGUUUUAGGACUCAACUCUGUCACAGUGAUGAUGUAACAAACCUGUCAAGUAGAGCAGAUAAAAAAAAAAAAUCCAGAUUUUCCCAUCAGGUACUCAUACUUUUUAAAUGUCACAUUAUUCAAAACUGCACGUAAUUAAGCUGAACCACAAUUUCUCAAUUCCAGGAAUUGGUGUUGAUGACAUAUCAUAAGUCUCCAACUGGCAGCACAUUAACAUUAAGAAUGCAGAUGGUUCACACCUCCAGAGGAGGUGCCAUGUCCACCUUCGUCACUGUCAUCAUCACCAUGACUGAUGUUUUGUGUUUCUUUCAUUUCCUUCUCUGCAGCACUUUGAUAGCGCCAACAUCAAAAUGGAAAGAGAAAGACGAGAAAUAAUCCUGUUAGCCUUAGGAAAGGGUUGAGGGUGAUGUAAAAAUAUUGGGAAGUUAAAUGUCCAGUGUGUAGCAUUUAGGGGAUCUAUUUGCAGAAAUGGAAUAUAAUAGGGGUGUUAAUAAUUAACAGACAAUAACAAAUGAUGACCGAUUAAGGCUUCAGUUUCCGCUCAGUUUAACAGUUAAAAGAAAUAUAAAAAGCAAAACUCAGGCUUGUCCCUUAAUGGCUAGUCCACCUUAAAAGGUCAGCCCACCUUAAGUGAGCAUGGGCUGUAGUUGUCGGUUAGAAAAAAUAAUCCAAAUUAGCAUCCCGAGAAUAUAACCUUAAUAGGCAUGUUUUCUUUAGUGUAUAAUCACCAGAAUGCUUCAAGGAGCGGGCAAACGGGAGAAGUUUCAGUUGAUUGCAAUCUGCCGCCAAAUCCAACACGCUGGCCCUUUAACAGGGACGUUGACACCUUUAAUCCACGCUGCCAUCUAACUAAUGAGCCCAGAUGCUAAAAGACCUCAAUCCAACAGAUAUGAAUGUGAGUUUCUAACAUGCACAUCUACUACUGCAAGGACUUGAGAAAGCAGAAAGACAUUUUUUCCACAGUGAGAACAUACAGCAGCCAUUUUGAUAUACUGACCAAAACAGCUGUGCAGGUGUCAUCAAGCUAUUCCAAUUAUGUUCUGUACAGCGGUGCAUUGAUGGCAGCUGCUGGAUUUCCAGGCCGUUUGCUUGCAAGAUAUCAAGAUUUCAAGAAAGGACAAGCAAGCAUCCUUGUGGAUGCAGCCGUACGUCGGCAGGUCAUGAAGUCCAGGACGUCUUCGAGGUUCCAGCGUCCCCCCCCCCCCGGUGGCCCACACAGCACACAGGUCCACUCUCAGCUCUGUCACCCUCCGUCACGCCUGUCUGCCUCACCCUGCUGCCAGGACAAGAUGCCUGUAGCCCACACAGCGUGACGUGACAUGCCCCUACACCCAGGAGACAGAGAGAGGGGGGAGAGGGGGAGAGAGAGAGCGAUAGAGGGGGAGAGAGCAUCUUUGGAGCUUGGACUAAUAAGAGAGAGACUGAUAGAUUGACGAAGUGGUAAAAUAGAUUUAGUGGAGUGUGCUUGGAUAACACGUGAAGGAGCAACCGCUUGCAUUGACUAUAAAUGAGUUUAUUGAUUAGAAACAUGUCCAGGUUGUCAUGACUGAAUUCCUACUUUUUUGUUUUAUGUCCUAUCUACAAAGACAUACGGGACGCACUCUUCAGUAAAAAGACCUCCAUUUAUGAUCCAUCCAUUCUUUUGGCUGAAUGACGAUAAAAAAACUUUAGUGCUUCAGGAAAAGAAACCUUUAGUGGAGCAAGUUUUAUGUGCCCAGCCUGGGAGAAAAGACAGAAUAUUUUAGUUUAAAGUGACAACUGAGCAGUAAAAUAACCUGUGGUUUUGUACAGUAAUUGAAUAAAAUGUUUGACCACUGCAGCUGUAAUCUUUGCUGUUGUUCCAUAUGGAUCACAAUAAAGGCAAAUUGUCUUUAUGUUAUAGUGUGCUUGCUGUACUUGGAGAAGCCCAAAGGAAAUCUAUUUACAGUAUUUGACAAAGUCAAAAAAAGAUCUUUAAAACCUGAUCUUGCACAUACUUGUGGCCCAUUACGAGAUAUGUGGUUGAAUAUCUCGUCUCAAAUCAAUGGGCAUUAAUCUGCUGCUUUAACAGCCUCCACUCUUUCUGGUAAGGCUUUUCUCAUUUCGAUGUUGGACCCUGGCUGCAGGGAUUUGCUUCCAUUCAACCUCGAGAGCGUUAGUGAAGUUGGACCACGUUGCUCCAGUUCAUCCCACAGGGAGUCGGAUGAGGUUAAAGGUCGGGGCUCUGUGCAGGCCAUUCAAGUAACUCCAUGACCACCGACUCAUGCUUUGUGCAUGCACGAUACGAGACAGUGCGAGUACGAUUUGGGCGAAAAAAUUCAUGUGUUUGGGAGGUAGUGAGCAUACGACUGGAUAAACGAGACUUGGAUUGUACUGCGAGGGUCAUGUGAGAGUUUAAACGGAUGUUUUGAGGAAGUUUUGCUGUUGUUAAACCUGGCCUCCAUCUAUUCAUCAAGGAUUACUGAUAUAACUCAAUGGUCAUAUUGAGGGUGAAGUGUUCCUUCAAAGGCUCGAAAAACUUAUGUUUUAGAGUACUGACAUCCUACAAGAGCUCAUUAUUUUCUGCCAGAUUUUGAACAGUCAUUUCAUGGAAGAUAUUUUGGCAUCGCCUGUAUUUUGGGCUCUUCUCAUUGGCUUGCAGUGGGCGGGUGAUCAUGGGAAAAAAGGUGAUGUCACCUGUACUGCCAUGCAUUUUCCUCUGAAUGCCUAUUGGCCCCUAUUACAAAUAUUGGCUCCCAAAGGUGUUAAAAUACAUAAAGUAAACACACAUAUCUGAAUUACAUUAUAUUAAGUCUCUCUUCCUGAACAAGUAUGGGUAUGGGUAUAUUUUCCUCUACACUAUUGUCAGUGAAUUUGGUUUUCAAAUAUAUUUCUCAAAUUGUUUUACAGCUAGAAAUGAAAGUGGUUGUAAUUAAUCCUCUUUUAUUUUCUCACACUAUUCAACAGUAAACAAACGACUCCUGAAUGCCAAAGUGAGAACAAAAUCUCUACCUAUUGAUUCUGAAUCAAGCGCUUCAUUCUGAUGAAUCAACGCGACGCUGAUUUCAUCUGAUUUCAGCACCGGGACAGCUCCCUCCCCGCGCUCCACCCAACCGAACACCGCGCCGUGAUUGACGGAAGCAUGCGGCCACAUGGAGCCCCGAUGAGAUGACGAGGAAGACGGGCUCUCCGUGGCUUUUUUUUUUGCACACGCAGGCCUCACUUAAUGCUUGCCGUGGUCGGAAGAGGGCGGAGUGCGUUUGUCCUCCAAGUGAGAAAGCUCCCUGACUUGGUGCCUCCUAAGAAAAAUAUAUAAAUAUAACAAUAACCUGCCCACUUUACCCCUCCCCUC